UUUCUCUAUCUGGGUUGCCCAAGAACCAACAAAACAAAUAGAAACUACUCAGUUGACCGAACUUUAGACUUUCCGUUUCACAGUCUAAACCUCCGUGUCUCUCGUCUGAUUUCUCUCACCGUGACCGUCAAGUUCUCCCCUUUUCCUAUUGCCUCAUCUUCUAAUACCUACCUUAUCAACUAUUUUCUGGUUUCCGUUUCCCACCAUCAUUCUGUGUUUUCCGAACUUUCGCAACUUUAUCGAUUUUUAAAAUUUUGAUCUAGUAUGGAGGAAACAACUUCUUGUCCGCCGUGUAUAAUUUGUGGCCAAAAUGGUCAGGGGCAUCAUUUUGGGGUGAUUAGUUGUAGAGCGUGUGCAGCGUUUUUCAGACGAGCCGCUGACUCAAAAUGGAGCAGAAUGAAAUGUCUGAGCAAGUAUUGCGAUGGGAAAACAUACCACUGUAAACCGUGCCGCUUGAAAAAAUGCCGAGAUGUUGGGAUGGAUGUGUCUAAAUUUCAACACGACCGUGACGCCCUCCAAAUUGUGCAUCCCAAUCGAAAACGCAAGCUUGCUCAAUUGGCAGAUCCUAUUUUCAGUGAACCCAAUUUUGUGUUCUUUUUCCCCCAGGACCGAGAAGAUCUGAAACUGAAGAAGAAAAAUACUUAUGUUGACCUAAGCCUACUAGUUUCUCAGGCCAUGGAAAUCAUAAAAACCGGCCCGGAAACUCCACUGGUUGCCAAGAACCAGCUGCAAAAAUUGAAUUUUGGAUUUAACUGCAUGAAGCAUACAGGAAUCGCAAAUUUUCAAAGAAUACAUCUAGUGACCAGAAAAGAAGUGACAGGCUUCUGGGAAUAUCAUAUGCUGGCAAGUGCCAAAUGGCUGACCUAUUUCGACGAAUUUCAGCAACUGGACCAAGAUGUAAAAAGAAAAAUCCUAUUCGGAGUUUGGCAUGUUUGGGGACGGCUCGACAAGCUGAUGGGAACUGCCCUGUUCCGGAUCAAAAAUAAAGAGGCUAGCCUGUCCGACAGAGUGGUUGGAAAUGGAAUUGUAACUGAUAUGAAUUGUGUGGUGGCCGAGACUAAAUGGAUGAGCCGGCUACCAGUACAGCAGUUGAGAUAUUUUAUUGACGGAAUUCGUGCCUGGGACCUAUUUCCAUUGAUUGAUGAGUUGCAAGCUCUAGACAUAACAGAAACCGAGCUCUCAUUCAUGCUCGCGCAGCUUUGCUUCCAAUACGCCGCUACACGAUUUGGAGGGAAAAUCGCUGAAGUCAUGGAAAAAUUCAUGGAUAUUUUAUCCAAUAACUUGCAUGACUACUACAUUCAAGAAAAGAUGAUGCCGAGAUACUCAGGACGGCUGACAAAAUUGUUGAAAAUUAACACCGCGAUUUUGGAAAAUAUUAGAAACUACCGAACUCGUGCAGAUAUUGCCAAAGUUUUUGAUGUUUUUAAUUUGGAAUUUUCGCAUCCAGAAAUGUUUUUUGAUACGGGUUUUAUCUGAAUUUGAAUGUUUUUUUUUUAUCUAUUACUGUAUUUAUUGUGAAUGUUAAUUUAAUUAAAUAAAAUUUUAAAAUUCCUAGAAAGCCA